AUGAGCGAACCACGAGGAUCCAAUGGCACUCGCCCUCAGCCGGGUCAGAAGGAAUCGACCAAGACAAAGAAAAGACCAGAAAUGAAGGCAAAGACUCCGGUCAGCGAGUCCGCACGUGCCGUCGCCAAAAGCUACCUUGAGGCGCGGCCUCGGUUACUUCCGAAAGACUUGGGGGAAAUUAUGCGUCCUGAUCCAGCGGUCGAAUUUUCGAGAGAGAGCCCAGAGAUUGAAAGGGGGGCCAUGAAGCUGUAUGAUGCCUCCAAUGAGAAGGAGGAUUAUGAGAAUUUCAACCCGGACCUUAAUACGCCCGUGGUGAAAGAAUUCAAAGCACUAUGGAAAGUCUGCUUGCGCGUUUGGCGGAUUUCCCCUAUCGCUUUGAUGUCCCCGAUGUGUGGACUGAAAUACUUUCCUUUAGGGAGUGGCCGGAAGAGGGCAAACCAAGCUGUAUUCUCACCCGAAUUCAGCAAGCUGUUUGCGACACUUAUCACACAUCCUUGCUGGGAGCUUGAGCAUGAAGGAUUCGUCUUGGCCCUUCAAUACUUGGUCAAAUGUCGAGUGGAUAACCGCAAUCCUUGGCCACACAAAGAUGCAAAGGAACGCGAAUGUCCUGCUAUCGAUGCCCUUUUCAACAUGUUUGAUGGAUCUGGCUCUGGGGAUAGAAGUUUGCUUGAAAUGCAAAAGUCCGCGCGUCAGAGCAUUGUCGGUGGUGGUGUCUCGGUCUUUUCUGACUUCCUUGACUUCAUCGGCCAACAGGUGAAGAAAGAUGAUACCGAGCAAGAGAAGGCCUACCUUGACGUCCCUGCGUUGCCUGUCACUCUUGGAGAUAUUAAGGCGCUCACUGAUGCGGUGACAAACUUCAACUGGCCUGAUGAGACUUGGAGAUGUAGCCCGGGAGACGUAUACAGCGCUUCCAGAGCGGAGAGGACAACUGGGAAGACUGAAUUUCCAACUACCGGUGCCGAGUUGAAGGAGUACCUCGGCCGAAGUCUCAAGGAUGUCUUUCGGGAUAUUGAGACUUACAAGCAAGAUGCCAAUCCUGAGACCUGCUCUCCCGCCAACGAGGCGGAUCAUGGACAUGUAUUGGCUGGCGACGCAGAAGAUGUGAUUCCGCCCCCCGGUCCUGAUACGGCUGUCGAUGAAGAGAUGGGUAUCCCUGAAGAUAACCAGAACGUACCGCCUGAGUCAAAUCCUGUCCGCCCAGAACACAGAUAUCGGGCGCUAGUCGAUGGAGAGGAGUCGGAGGACGAACAAGCCGACCUAGCGAGAAAUCAAGCCAACAAAAGAACUGCCUCAAGGUCCCCACCUCACCCGCAGAGCAGACAACGUGGAUCUGGGUACGCUUGGGGCGAUAGGAAUUUCUCGGAAAUCCGCACUGAAUCGCCUUAUGAGCGAUUUGAACUCCCCAGACGACAGGUCCGAACCUCGUUACAGGAGGCAACUCCUCAUCCCUCAGCUUUUAUAUCAAGUCAAAUUCUCUCACCAACUACCGAUCCCAGACCUGAGAAGCGUAUCAAAGUCGUCAAGAACGGCCAGCAGUGCCUUGCGUCUCAUUUCAAGGGUGCCGGCCACGAUGAUAUUCAAGAGAUCAAGUCAACCCUGAGGCGAAUUGAGAACCAGACCACCCAGAUCCUCAACAAGGAACAGUCUCAACCGCAAGACACACAUCAACCAGUCGUGUAUCCUGUGAAUGAACGGCGGUAUAGUGCUGGUAGAACCCGUAUCGCAGAGGCGGCUCCAACUGUCUGCUGA